AUGAAUAAAGAGGGUGUUUUAAAUGGCAAGUUCAGCUUCAAAGCCGAGCCCACUAUUGGCAUGGAGGACUGUCCCCAGCAGUGGUGGUCCAAACAUGAAGGGGCACACAGCGAGAUGGCCUGCCUUGCACGCAUGUACUUGGCAACACCUGCCACAUCCGUACCGUGUUCACACCUGCCCUUGUCAGCGACCAAUCACAGAUCCAGCUCUGUAAACAACACCUGGGAAACUGAUGGCGUCACUUUCUUUAUUAUCCAGGGCCUCGCCAACCUCGGGGAGAAGAAGAUUAUCCUUUUUGUCAUUCUGCUGCUGGGUUACAUCAUUAUCCUUGCUGGAAACUGCAUGAUCAUCUUUGUGACAUUGACUGAUCCGAAGCUCACCUCUCCCAUGUAUUUCUUCCUCUCCAACCUUUCCUUUGUGGAUAUCGUCUACACGACCACCACCAUCCCCAACAUGCUGUCCGGCUUCCUGACACACAUGAAAACCAUUUCGAUCCCCGGCUGCUUCCUUCAGAUGUAUUUCUUUAUUCACUUAGCCGUUACAGGACGCGCCAUCCUGACUGUCAUGGCGUACGACCGCUACGUGGCGAUCUGCAACCCCCUGCGCUACACUGCUGUCAUGACCCGACACGUCAGGCUGCUCCUCGUGGCAGGGGCCUGGGGUUUCGGCGCAUUCUGCACCAUUCUGCCGUGCUCCAUGGCCUGGCAUCGCUCUUACUGCGGCCUGAACGUGGUGAGACACAGCUGGUGUGACCCGUCCUCUGUAAGACUGCUGGCGUGUGGCGACACCUCUGUGGACAACAUCGUGUCCAUUUCCUUCGGCUUAGUGGCCCUACUGUCCACCGGAGUCCUCAUCCUCACCUCCUACAUCCUGAUUGGUGUCAACAUAUCAAAGAUGGGUGUCAAUCAGAGGCUGAAGGCCUUCGCAACGUGUGCCGCACACCUGACCGUGGUUUCCAUCUCCUAUGGCUCGGCAUCGUUUGUUUACAUCUCGUACCGAGUGGGAAACUUUUCGCCCGAGGUUCGUAUCAUUGUGUCUGUGCUGUACGCCGCUCUGACUCCUUUUCUGAACCCAAUCAUCUACAGUCUGAGGAACAGGGAGCUCAGAGAGUCCAUCUGGAGGAUUCUGAGCAGACUCAGAUCUACAGCUGUGUUACCGAGGAAAGAUGUCAACUCACAGUCCUGACCGGGAAGUAAAACCUGCAGCUUGGUUAACUGGACGACUACGAACUACGCGGGGAACUAAACUGAACUCCUAACUUUUCUUAUGUCCAUUCUUGAUUAAAAAAAAACAAACAAAGAAUGAUAU